CUAGCUGGCGGGAAAUAAAACUGCAAAAUGAUCUGAAAAUGUAAACAGGUUUCACAAGUAGGAGGCCAAAGAGUGAGAAAUUCAGGAUGUCCGAUUUUCAUUUAUUUGAAGGAGUACUGGAUAAUGGGAAAUGUGAAGUAUUGUCACAAGGAAGUCGAGACGAGUUAAAGAAUGCUGCACUACAGCUCAUCAGUUAUCAUUACAGUAACGCUGCAGCAGUCGCAGAGGUAGCAGAUUUGUUGUCCUCUUCAACACAGAAUGUUAAAGGUGUGUUGAAAUCCUGCAUCUGUCUGGACAGUCAGUCAGAGAUAGACACCUUGAAGACGUUGGAGACGUGUGUUAGCUCAGUUUUAAGGCUAGUCAAAGAUGUUGGCACCCAAAGCCUCAAUGAAGGCAUUAAGGAGAAGAUGACUAACCUUAUCAUAAUGGUCCGUGAAGUGGUUGACAGACAAACUUUCAACAAACCAAGAUUACUGAACUUAUUUUGUAAUGAGAAAAUAUUGCCAGUUUUUCUAUUAUGGGUUCUUCAUAAGGAAGAAGUUAUGUCUCUGAAUACCUACCUAUCCUUUAAAAUUUCCUCUACAGAUUUUGUUGAAGCUUUUUCCAGUGAAUUACUGUCAAACUCUUCCAUUUAUGGUGAGGAGACAUGGAUUUUAGAAAUUUUAACUUUAAUUCUGAGAAAUUCACAAUCUACACAGAAAGACUCAGAUGCUGUAAGACUUCGAAAGAUAUCAAAGCAUGUCCUGGACUUACUCAGUCAAAAGAUCCUGGAUGAGCUGAUGCUGAACUCUGGAACACUGAAAGUGAUAGACCUGUCAAAGUUCUGUCCUAUAGAAAUUCUAAAGCAACACUUCCUGGGUAUGAUCUGCUUAUGGAUGGCACAUAGACCAGUGUUGAAAGUUGCAGAUGCUUUGAAACAACAGAAAGAUUGGACUUUCAGCAAGCUUUCAUCUUCUCUAACUCAGUGGUACAAACAGUGUCUAGUACUGUUAGAACCUGAGGAGGUCCUGGAACAAAUGAAGAUUGUCAUGGAGACGCAGGAAGUAAACUGGCAGACGGUUCUGUCCUUCUUUUCCACUGCUGUAGUGUGUAUGCCGCAACUCUCACAGUUGAUACAAGAUUAUGUCAUUUCAUUACUGAGAGAUGGACUGGAGUGCUCUAACUUGGAGAACCUUGUCAUUGCUUUCCUUUUUGCCAGACAGGGCUGUUAUGAAGGACCUCAUGUGUUUGCUUCUUACCCAGACUGGUUUCAGAGAACAUUUUCAGAGCCAGCUCAUACUCCAGCAAGCAGCAAGAGGGCCUUCACUUGUUUGAUCAAGUUUUUGACAGAUAUGGUGCCCUUUGAAUCGUCAUCACAUUUAAAAGCACAUAUAUUUAGACCACCAUUUGUACCUCCAAAAUGUAGAGAGCUUUUUACGGACUAUAUUAUGCUGGCAAAAACUAGAAUGGCUGAUCUAAAGCAAUCAUUAGAUGCAGAGUCUGAUGAUCCAACCAAAGAAAGCAGGAAGAAGGUAAAUGAACAGAUAGAAACUGAUAUACAGAAGAUGCUUGUUGUGUUUGAUUCAAAUAAAAAGAUUCCUACCUCUAUAAUGGAAGCAAGCAUAUUCAGGAAGCUUUACUAUGUUGGCAAAUUUUUACCAAUCUUGCUGAAACCUAGAGCACUCCCAGAUAUCCCUGAUGUGAGGAUGAAGUUCAUUGAUGCCUUGAAACUAGCUGAGAAGAUCCCCUCUACACUGUAUAAUAAUUACAUCACAGCAUGUAAGGCAGAAUCCUCCAGGCUCUUAGAAGGUGUGUUUCUGGAUGAGGAGGAAGAUAUGGACAUAGAAUUGAGUGAAAUCGAUCAGCUACAGCGGAAGUUAGACCAGAUUAUUACAGCCCUACAGCAGAAUCCUCACAACAGAGUGAUUGAGCAGUGUUCAUUAGUGAGGGAGAAAUUAAUGGCUGCUCUGCACACUGUGGACGAUGUGUACUGUAUUACAAGAUUUGUGCUCAACAUUGAUGCAGCUGACAUAUCUCUACCAUCGCUAAAGGUGGUGGAUCAGCUGCUGGAGUUCGUGUCUGUAGCCAGUCAGAGAGGUGGGACACAUUCUGGUAGUACUGUGUCAUGGCCACAAGAUUUCUUCACAGUGUUGGGAGAAAUUAAAGAGUUACACUCCAUACUAUGUAUAAGAAUUUGGAAACUGGUGACAGAUCAGGGCUGUGAAUUGGAGGGCCAUCAUAUUAGAACUCUAAGCUUCUUUCUGGCACACUCUGAUUACAUGCGUUUAGAUUCACCUGAAGUAGAAAUCAGGACAUGUCAGAGCAUGUGUCAACCAAUCCGAGGAAAGUUUACACACUUGAUUUGGCAGGAACUACCAGUCUAUACAAGUGCUUGGCAGAAAUUUUCCUUGAGGUUAAUGACAGAAUUCGUUAAGACUGUGACUGAGAUAAGGAACACCACUGUUGAUUUCGAACAUGUACUACCUGAAGUGUUCUGUACAAAGUUUCAGUUUUUAUACAACCGCAUUCAAGACCUUUUUCCUGAUGACCAAAGUGUGAAUGACUUCAAACGACAGAAAGAGGACACAAAAACUUUUAUCUCUAAAGUGAAGCUUUCCUUUAGAGACUGGAUUUGUCAGGAAAUGAAAGUUACGUUCCCAGAUGAAUUGUUAUCCUAUGAUGAUUGGCAGGUGCAUGUGCAUGACACUGUGUUUAACAGGUACCUGAUGGAUACAUUGGUUCACGGUUCUGUGGAUGAUCGAUGCCGCAAAAUGUGUAGUGAGCUGUUCACUGAACUCCUUCAUAAUAUGCAAAGCCCAGUCAUGCUUCCAGAGCCUAUGUGUAAGGCGUGCAAGGAAAGGAAAGUCCACAGACAAACAGGGAUGUGCCACUACAUGACCUCUGUCCUCCAGGCAUUGGUAUCCUGUUUACAGCCUGAUGACAAGGCAGUGUCAUGGCUGGCAAAGCAAAUCAGAGAUGAGAUGAGGGACAAAAACUCCCAAUUAAACCAAGAAUCAUUUAUGCAGGCAGUAGUGAGACUGAUCUCCUGCCUUCCUGCCUACUUGCUGUUUGUUGAUGGUUUAUCCAUGACUGACUCAGUAGUGCUGGAUCUUCCUUGUCAAAUCAUCAAUGAGGAUUUUUCAAGCUUGUGUAGACAUGUCUAUUUGCCAGUGAAUGUUACCAUAUAUGUUCUACAGGGGAUGUGCCAUUUAGGAAACAGACAGGAUGUUGAAACCAUUCUGUGCAAGUGUCCUCUCCUGCCUCUGUCGAUUGUUGUACAUAUGCAGUUCACAACAAAUCUGUUGUCAAGACUGAACAAAUUGCAUCCAUGUUUUGAACUUGGGCGUAUUAUGAAAGUCGUAACGUGGGUGGAAAGGUGCAGGAUGAAGCUCGAUGUAAUACCACAAAGUCCUGGGGUUGACCAUUUUCUGCUGAGUGCUGGUCUUCUAGCUCUCGUUCAUUUAAGUCCACCAACUGUUAAAGAGGUUAUAAAACAAGACAUUAAAGACAAUGAUGCACAACAAAUCAAGAUAUGGAAAGGGUUUGCACUUUUCCUUGUUGCUGAGCUCUCCGAUUCCAAGAAUCGUUUUUAUGGGGAUUCAGAAGCUGCCUUUGAUGACCUGCUAUCUGCUGCACCAGAUACCCUGUCGUAUUUGGCUGGCAGUGAGAAAGAUGAAUGGAAGUCUUUGUUGCCCGAGUUUGUCUUUCGUCUUUUUCCUGACACUGUACUAAAAUUUCUCAAAAAAAAACAAUCAUCAUGGCAGAGUAAUUCUACCUUCCUAUCUUCAGUUUUAUUGCUGUACAAGGAACUCCUGUCAUUUAUGGAAUGUUCAGAGAAUUUAGUUCUGAUGCAUGAUUUGACAGACAUCUCAGAAUUUGUAAAAGGAUGUUUGAAGUCAGCAACAGCAGAUCAGCUGAGAAAAGUGUCAAAGGAGAUGUUGAGUGACUGUGGACCAGAUAUUGUGCUGACGUACAAACAAGCUGUUGCAAGGUGACAAUAAAUUUUGUCUUAAUUUCUCA